AUUAUUUAUUAUGUUAUUGUUUAUUAAAUACCUGUUGCCAUUAGUAGUUGCAGUUGUUAGUGUGCUGGAAAUUGAAAUUAUGAUCCAAAGAUCUUCGGUGGUGAUGAUGAAAUGAGCGAAAAAGUUACUAGUGAAUUCAGAAUUUUUAUUUAUUUGGUUGUAACCAGAAAAUUUAAUGAAGAUAAUUAAUUGCUGGAGAUCAUUUGGCAUAAGGAAAUCAUUAUCUUUUGGCUGUAGACAAUAUGACAUUUGUCUAAAUUUUUCAUCAUAUUUGAAAUUUAAGCGACCAGAAUCUAAGUUAAUAACUAUGAAACUUGACACACCACAGUUUCGUGCCAUAUUUACUCCUGAAGUUAAUAAACUAUCAGAAUUAUUUCAAAAGUAUGGUCAUGGAUUGCGUCUGGCAGGAGGAGCUGUUCGUGAUUUGUUGAUGAAUAAACAACCAGAAGACAUUGAUUUUGCUACAACUGCUACCCCAGAUGAGAUGAAACAGAUGUUUACAACUGAAGGUGUUAGAAUGCUUCAUCGUAAAGGAGAAAUGCAUGGGACUGUGACAGUUAGAAUAAAUGACCAACAAAAUUUUGAAAUAACCACACUUAGAAUCGAUAUGCGUACAGAUGGUAGACAUGCUGAAGUUGAAUUUACUACAAACUGGGAAUUAGAUGCUGGUAGAAGAGAUCUAACUAUAAAUGCUAUGUUUUUAGGUCUGGAUGGGACAUUAUAUGAUUAUUUUAAUGGUAAGGAGGACUUAGAAAAACGAGCUGUACGUUUUGUUGGGCAUCCAGAAGGACGUAUAAAAGAAGAUUAUUUAAGAAUUCUGCGUUAUUUUAGGUUUUAUGGAAGAAUUGCUCUUAAUCCUAAUGACCAUGAUGCUCAUACUUUAGAAGCUAUUAGAAAUAAUGCUGAAGGUUUAAGUCAAAUAUCUGGAGAAAGAUUAUGGAUGGAGUUGAAGAAAAUUCUUGGUGGAAACUUUGCUAAAGAGCUUAUUCUUCAAAUGAUUGAUUUAGGAAUAGGUCCUUUUAUUGGUAAUUUCCUGGCCAUUUUAUUGAUAAAUGAAUCUGUUCAUAACAAU